CAACUUUUAUUUUUUCUCUCAUAUAUUUCAUAAAAGAUGACGGAAACUCAUGUUAAAGUGUAUUUAUUUUGGGGUGGUGAAGUUGUGUAUGAAGCAGGUUCGGUUAGAUACAACCGUGGUCCUGAAAUAGGGCAAAGGUUUCCAAUUUCCCUAAAAUAUGAUCGUCUGCAACGCGUCUUAAGGAGUAAAAUGUUCGUAAAUGAUCCUGAAUUAUCGGUGGUUAUAACCGGACGAUGUCCAAGUUCAUUUACAGCCGAUGGUUCACCAAUUUAUGGUGAGAUGCCAAUUACGGACGAUGAAUCUUUAUCGUCAUUUCUUCGUUGUCCUGAGAUUUUUAAAAAUCACAUAUGCAUAGCGGCGCUUGACAUGUAUGCUACAGUUCAACGCUCUACCCAGGUCGAAGUACCGACCGACAAUGAGUUCGAUUUUGGAGGUACUACCUAUCUCCCAAGUUUGAAUAUUGGUUUUUCAAGGGGUGUAGUUCAACAACAAACAAUUGUAGGAUUUGGUAGUCAGUCAAAUGAUACAACUAAUUAUGGUACAAGAUGAUCGUAUGGCUUCAACGCACGAUCAUAACUUUGAUUGGAGUGGACAGAAUCGUGAGACGGGUGGACCAAAUAAUGCUACUACGCAGUUGCAUAAUUUGAAUUGUAAUGUACGACACCCUUCACAUCCUGGUCCAAGUGAAUUGGACAAUGAUAGGCAUAACGAUUUUGAAGAUAACCCCACGUUGACUCAACUCACACAAAUUGUCAGCAAUAACGAUUUAGCUAAUGAUAUAAUAAAUGAGUCGGAUAGCGAUAGUCCAUUAGAUCAUGAAGGGACGGACGAUGAUCAAUCGUCUGCUGACGGUGACGAUUCUGAUGAAGAUGUUGCGGCCCCCAGUAAUGUUAGUGUUAAUUAUCAUUCAAAUGUGAUCCCAUAUUUGGAUAAUACAGAAGAAGUAGAACCGGAAGAUUUUGCAUACAUGAGAGAUAACGGGUCUGUUUCGAAAUUUACUUUGGAAUUCCAAGAAUCCUAA